AAGUACAAAUAAGAAAACGCUAUAUAGUUUUAAAAAAAAAAAAAAAAAAAAAAAUCUUCCUUCAAAUAGCGAAGCAAAGUCUGAAAAGCAACCAAAACGCUCAAAAGGAGCUUCUUUGUGCCUGAAGACUCUCAUCUUCAGUCUCAUAAGAAGGGAUAAGAUGGCUCGAGAUUCCAAAGUGUUUGCCUUUGAUGAGGUGGCCAAGCACAACCAUAAGAAAGAUUGCUGGAUUAUAAUCUCCGGAAAGGUAUACAAUGUGACCGAGUUCUUGGAAGAACAUCCCGGUGGUGAUGAAGUCUUGCUACUAGCAGCUGAGAAAGAUGCAACCGAUGAUUUCGAAGAUGUUGGCCACAGUGAUACUGCGAGGGAGAUGAUGGAGAAGUACUACGUGGGCAAGGUUGACGUUUCCACUUUACCAGAGAAGCCGAGUUACAAGCCGCCCCCACAACCUCCUUCUCAGUCCAACCAGUCUUCAGGUGGUUCGGUGAAGAUAUUACAGUUUCUUUUACCCUUGUUGAUCUUGGCCAUAGCAUUUGCUCUGCAUUUCUAUGGUAAAAGUAAAUAGAAAAAUAAUCGGACAUUCUUUAUCCGCGUCCCAUACGACUGCAGUGAGCCAGAUUUAAUCUAUUUUGUUACGUGAUAAUAAUGGAAUUUUAGUUAACCACCUGUAGUUUUUUGAAUGUUUUGUGCUAUCCUUUUGUUCAAUGUGAACUCACAACAAUCCAAACGUUGUCUUGGCCAGUGUCUUCCUUUAAUGCGGUUAUGGUGUAAAAAUCAUUGUCAUUUUCAGCUGAA